AGGGACCCCUAUAGCCCCACACCCGCAGGUUCCCCAGGGGUGCAAGGAGUGCAGGCAGCACCUUUGGGUGAGCCUGAGUCUCCUGAAAAUACCCAAGGAUGGGAUGCGGCAUGUACGGAGCAAAGCACCUCCUUUUCGGCACCCUCUGCCUCACGGCACAUCCUGCGCGGUCCGGGGCAGCGCUCAGCCCCUUCCUGCCUGCGGGGGAGGAAGGGCACGGGCUGUGAAGGUGCGUGUGGAGGAGGUCAAGCCCCACCACCCCGUUUUCUCUGCAUGGAGGCAGCCCCAUGGCUUUUCUCCGGCGCCUUUUUGGGUUUUCGGAGAAGAAGAAGCUGCCGAGGCAGUACAAGCAUGUCAGGCGGGACGUCGAUCCUGCCGAGGCCUGGCUGGUGCUGGGUGAGCUGGGCGACGGUGCCUUCGGCAAGGUCUUCAAGGCACAGAACAAGGUGACGGGGGCCUUGGCGGCCGCCAAAGUGAUCAACACCCCGAGCGAGGAGGAGCUGGAGGACUAUGUGGUGGAGAUCGAGAUCUUGGCUUGCUGCGACCACCCCAACAUCACCAAGCUGCUGGACGCACUCUACUGGAACGGGCAGCUCUGGAUCCUGGUGGAGUUUUGUCCUGGAGGGGCCAUGGAUGCUGCGAUUUUAGAGCUGGAGAAAGGGUUGACGGAGGAGCAGAUCCGCGCGGCUUGCAAGCAGCUGCUGCUGGCGCUGCAGUACCUGCACGGCUGCAGGAUCAUCCACAGGGACGUGAAGGCCGGCAACGUCCUGCUCACGCUGGACGGGGACGUCAAACUGGCUGAUUUUGGUGUCUCGGCCAAAAACUCCAGCACCAUCCAGCGCCGGGCGUCCUUCAUCGGCACCCCGUACUGGAUGGCCCCGGAGGUGGUGCAGUGUGAGACGUCCAAGGAGAGCCCCUACGGCUACAAGGCUGACAUCUGGUCACUGGGCAUCACCCUGAUUGAGAUGGCUGAGAUGGAGCCCCCCUACCACGAGCUGAACCCCCUGCGGGUGCUGCUGAAGAUUGCCAAGUCCCAGCCACCCACUUUGCGUCACCCCAAGAGGUGGUCUGAAGAUUUCAAGGACUUCUUGAGGAAAUCCUUGGAGAAGAGCCCCGAGGCGCGGUGGUCGGCCAGCCAGCUCCUGCAGCACCCUUUUGUGGCGGGCAUCUCCGACAAGCGACCGCUGCGGGAGCUGGUGGCCGAAGCCCGGGCUGAUGUGCUGGAGGAAGAGGAUGAGGAGGAAGGUCUGGUCCCCUCGCCUGGGCAGGAGCAUGGAGAAUCCUCCUGCUCCCCAACCGCGGGGGAUCCCCUGGAGCAUCAGCCCCUGGCCGCUGUGGGGAGAGUUGGUGAGGAGCCGGGGGUCCCAUCUGAUGUCCAGGUGGCAGCAGAGCCCAGGACCAAGACAGCGCCCGACUUCUUGAAGCAGAUGAGGAGGAGGUCUGAGCGUGUGGGCUCCAUGAAGCUCCCUGCGAAGAGGCCGUCAGAAUUUCUGAAGCUGAUACGGCGCAGGUCAUUUUUUGGAGGGAUGAAGUCCCAAGAAGCAGCUGAGGAGCAGCACGGGGUGAAGCUGGGUGGGUUGGAGGUUACGGCGCUGGAUGCUCCUCAAGGAGCCUCAGCAGAGCUGGGAGGAGAAGUUCAAGGGUGCCAAGAGGAGACCAGCCCUUUGGAGACCCCCUGUGACAUGGCCAAGCCCCCCUCGGGGCCACUUGGAGACCUUGCUGAGCUGCAAGAGCUGAAGGCGGAGCAGGUUGGACCCCAGGCAGAGCCCCAGGAGGACAGCCAGCCUGCCAGCGCAUCGCUGGUGGCCAAGAGGCCCAUGGCGGGGUGGCUGGUAGCCCAACCAAGCCCUGUUCCGACUCCCAAAUGUGACACAAAAAAGGAGUUGAGCAGAGCCCUCACCUGUACCUCGGUGGCCCUGCCCGUGCCCAGGGACGGGCGCUGGCAUGGGGGCUCGGUGGUGGGGCAGCUGGUGGAAGCCCUGGAUCUGUGGACCAUAGGGACCAAAAGCCAAAGCUUCAAGUUGCCAGCAGAGCAUCAGCGCCGGGUUACUCGGUCGUUGCUAGACCUAAAGGUUGAGGUUGGCCCAGCUGGGGCCGAAGGUGGCCUUGGGAAGGGUGGUGGUGGAGCAAGGAGGACACCCCUGGGACCUGAGCGUGCUGGGGAGACCGAGCUGGUGGAGAAAAGGGUAGCGCAGGGUGAAGAAUUGCUGAUGCCCAGGGUGCCAGAGGGGGUAGUGGUGGGGUCAGAUGUUCUCCAGGGGUGGCAGGAGCCCCCAGCUGGUCUGGGAGAGGCCGGAGAGAGGAACAACGGGGCGAGAAACUCAGUGGUGUGUGAGCCCAUCACUGACCCCCUGGACCUGGUUGAGCAGGAGGUGGGGGGGAAUGAGGAGAAAGCCACAGACAGCGUUGACACUGGGGUGGAAGCUCCUCCCAAGGAAGCCCUGGUGCCAGCAGAAGUGAAAUUGGAAGAGAAUGUUGGAAAAGGGUGUCUGAUGGGGGACCGCGAACCGGUGGGAGAUGCAGCCAGCCCGGGGGAAGCGAUGCUGGCAGGAGAGGAACCGGCGGCAGCCUCUGCAGCACGUGUAGGAGAGAGACCUGCAAGUGAAGAGGCCCAAAGUUCAGUGGAGCAUUCAUCCUCCGUGGAGAUCCUGGGACCUGUUGAAGAAGAAACCGAAGAGAAAGCAGAAAACUGCCUCAGAGACAACCAGCCAGGAGCUGCUCAUGGGAAUGGCUGGAAAGGACAAGAUGGAAAUGAUGGAGAGCUUGGAGAAGAUGGGGUGCAGGUUGCUCCAGCCCUUGAGGGCCCAUCAAGGGAUGGACCUGGAGAGGAGAUGGGUGGCUCGGAGGGUCGCGGAGCAGUGCCAGAGCGUCCGGAGGCCCUUGGUGGACACCCAAAGGCCACGAAGACCAUGAGCUUUGGUACUGCCCUUGUCCGCGCUUCUUCCCAGGCGCGAGCAGCGUGGGAAGCAGGGAACACACCGGGUCCAUCCAUCACCUCAAAGCAAGGAGAGGAGCCAUCCCCUGCGGAAAACCCCGCAGCUGUACAAGGCCCAAGUGCCCUCCCUGCCCUUGGGGCAGCCCAGCAGGAACCUGCCUCGCUCCGAAGGGUGGUCAAGAAACCCCACAGGUUUGUGGCGGAUGGGGAGGAGGAGGUGAGCGUGGCGCCCACCAGAGCUGCCAGCAAGGCUGGGGAGAGGGAUGAGAUGGUGCGCUCAGCUCGGCGCCAGGAGCUCCGCGAACUGCGGGUGCUGCAGAAGGAAGAGCAGAGAGCUAAGAGCCAGCUGGAGCAGAAGUUCCACCAGCAGCGGGAGCAGAUGUUUCGUCACAUUGAGCAGGAGAUGAUGAGCAAGAAGGAGUUUUAUGACCGGGAGGUGGAGAGCUCGGAGCGGCGCUACCGGCAGCUGAAGGAGCGCCAGGAGCUCAAGUACACGGCGAGGCUGCGUGAUGAGGCCAAGCGCCUCAAGGCCCUCCAGGAGAAGGACUGCGAGAGGAAGAUGCAGGAGCUGAAGGGUGAUGGCAGAGAGGAGCAGCGGUUCCUGCAGCAGCAGCAGGAGGAACUCAACGCAGCCCUGCAGUGUGUCGUCCAGGAGCACAAGAAGAAGAUGAUGUCCAUCGACUGGGAGUGCAUCAGCAAGAUCCAUAGCCUCAGGAGAGCCCGCGAGUCAGUGGUGUGGAGCAUGGAGCAAGGGCACCUGCAAGAGAAGUACCAGCUCUUCAGGCAGCAGGUGAAGGAGCAGCACGCGCUGCAGAGGCAGCAGCUCUGCAGGCGCCACGAGAAGGAGAUGGAGAGGAUGAACCGCUUCCACCAGCUCUUGGUGGAGGAUCUGAGGAGCCAGCAGGCACAGGAGCGGGCUCAGCUGUUGAGAAGCCAGCGCUGUGAUGCUAAAAUCCGCCUGGCCCUCUUCAAGGACAACCUGAAAUUCCAGGAGGCUAACGGGGCCAAGCAGCGAGAGAGGGCCAAGGAGUUCAUGCAGCAGGAGGAGAGGCGGCAGCGAGCAGAGGUGCAGCAGCAGCAGGAGCAGCAGGCGCAGCAGCUGCAGGAGCUCCAACAGCAGCAGGCUGAGAGCCUGGCAGAGCUGGAGCAGAUGCAGAGCGAGAAGAUGCAGCUCUUGGUGGAGCAGGAGAGGCGGCAGCUGGGGCGGCUGGAGCAGGAGCACGCCAUGGAGCUCAGCGAGUGGAAGCGACGGCUGGCUGCCCGCAAGGAGAUGCUGGAGGAGGAACUGGGGAACUCGCUGCCGGUGCAGCGGCGAGGAGGGCUGCACGGCGCCCACAGCAGCAGCAGGAUCACCCGCUUCUUCCAUCUCCCCUCCUGACACUACGCCGCAGGCUACUGGGGAGAGGCGGGCAGCUGCCUGGGGAUGGUCCCAGGGCUUUUCUGGGAGAUGGGGCUGUAGGAUCUCAAAGGCAAUGCGAGGGGCGGCUGCCCUGGGGGUGCUGAGCCCCAGGGCUGGGCAGGACAUGGUAUGGAUCCCAUGGGUGGCAGGCGUGGGUGUGUUCAAGUCCAUCAUCGCCAUGCUGGAGGGGCUGGGGUAAAGCAGGUGCUGCCACCCCAAAUCACCCCAGAAGCCCCUCGGGGAAGAAGCCCCUCAGGGAAGUCUCCCCCACUGGUCCCCAAGCUGUGGAUACGGGGGGUUGCUGGCGCUUCCCAGGCGGCUCUCCCCUCAGCUGAAUUGCGACUCAAGGAAAUACAUCCUUUCUUGAAGAAAGUCCCUGUUUGUGACUAUU